UAUGGAAGUAACAACUAUAUUAAUUUCUAUACUAUAUACUUUGCGCAGUACUUGUUAUUGAGAAAAAAAUGUCCGGAAAAGCCUUAAACAUAGGCGAUCAGUUUCCCAAUUUCCAAGCGGUGACUAAUUUGGGCGAAAUCGACUUUUUCGAAUGGAUGGGAGACAAAUGGGCCAUAUUAUUUUCGCACCCGGCAGAUUUCACACCUGUUUGCACCACUGAGCUAGCUCGCGUUGCGAAGCUGGUACCGGAGUUUGAAAAGCGCAAUGUUAAACCCAUAGCGUUGUCCUGCGAUAGCGCAGAAUCCCACAAGGCAUGGAUCGAAGAUAUUAAAAGCUAUGCCAAUUUGUCCAGCUUUGAUUAUCCAAUAAUAGCAGAUGAUAAGCGCGAGUUGGCCUUAAAGCUAAAUAUGCUUGACAAGGCGGAGCUGAAUGCAGCAGGCAUACCCUUAACCUGCCGCGCCGUCUUUAUUGUCGAUGACAUGAAAAAGUUGCGCCUGUCCAUUUUGUAUCCAGCUACCACCGGACGCAACUUUGAUGAAAUUCUGCGUGUCGUCGAUUCGUUGAAGCUGACUCAAACCAAGAGCGUGGCUACGCCUGCAGAUUGGAAACAGGGCGGACAAUGCAUGGUGCUACCAACUGUACAGGCAGCUGAUGUACCCAAGCUUUUCCCCAAGGGCAUAGAGAUUAUACCGGUGCCCUCUGGCAAAAGCUAUUUGCGCAUGACAGAGCAGCCUUAAAAAUUAGCUC